AUGGGUCUCAAAGCCAACUUCGAGGAGACACCCACGCUGCUGGCACCGCCGUCAUAUGUCGAUAGCACCUCCGACAGCAAUGCUCAUACGAUAGCAAAAGGGCAGUCUCGAGACAUUGCACCACGCUACAGUGCGUGGAAGCUCAUCUUCUCCACGUUCCUCGGCACGGCGCGAUUCAGCACACUGGAUGACCUGGAUCAAGAAGAGGAGCAAGCAACGGUCUUCUAUGAGCUGCUCUGCAACCUCAGGCGGGUCUCACGCCUCUUUUACUCGGUAUCAAUGUCGCUCUUACGGCCCAUGUUCUUUCCGGAAUACCUCGAUGCGAUCUCCGCCACUGUCUACUCUACCAACCUCAGCAGGCACGCCCUCGAUCAGCCCUGUCGCGAGACUCGCGUGCUAGAUCACUACAUCUCAUACAGGAUCAAUCGCCGCCACCUCGCGUCACGAUCGUCUCUCCUGCUCAACAACGACGACCUCGAAUCCGACCAUCGACAAGUAUCGCAGGAUCUGUUCAAGUGGCUCCAGCCUCAGACCUACAUGGAGGACGAGAUUGGCAAAGCGCUGCGCAGCUCUACUCAAGCGUUGAGUGACGUCCAUUUCGAGGAUCUGCUGGUGCGCUUCCACUUCACACGAGCCGCCAUUACGCUGCCGUUUCUCAUCGACUCGUCUCUAGCGCAAUCUUCCGCAUCAACACCCCACACCGUCAGAAAGGAAUGCGUGGCAGUCGAUCGAGUCUCCAGCGAGCCCGUGUUUGUCACAGCGCACAAGUUGCUCGAUCAACUCAACGAUCUCGUCUUUGUCCGCAAAGCACAUGCCGGCAAAACGUGGUACGAGCUGGUGGGACACGCCGGUUGA